AUGAUGAUAUCAAAUGGGACAAAAGUUAUUCUUCUAUCAUGUGGAACAUUUAAUCCCCCUACAUAUGGACAUCUUAGAAUGAUGGAAGGUGCUAAAGAUUAUAUUGAAAGUGUUACUGGAUGUACAGUAAUUAAAGGUUUUUUAUCACCAGUUUCAGAUUAUUAUCAAAAAAAAGAAAAAAUAUCAUCAGAACAUAGGAUAAAAAUGUUAGAUUUAGCUUUAAAAACUUCAUCAUGGUUAAAUGUACAUACCUGGGAAUCUAAAAGAGAUACUUGGAGUAGAUCAAUAGAAAUUAUCACUCAAUUAUAUAAAGAAUAUAGUCAUGUAAAUAAUUUAAAAGUUGCCUUAGUAUUAGGUGGAGAUGUUUUUGAUUCAUUUACAGUCAUCAAACCAAAUGGAGAAAGAUUAUGGAAAAUAUGUGAUAUUGAAUAUUUUGCCACAAAUGGUUUAUUAUGCCAAUUUAGACCUAAUUCUUCAAUUGAUAAUACAAUAAAAAAAUUAAAUUUAGAAAAAUAUAAAAAUAAUAAUUUAUUUGUAUUUGAUGAUAAUAUUUGCCCCAAUGAUAUUAGUUCAACAAGAGUUAGAGAAGGUAUAAAAAAAGGAAUCUCUGUAAAAUAUACCAUUCCUGAUAAUGUAUUAGAAUAUAUUAUAACAAAUAAUUUAUACAAAGAAUAA